CGACAAAAACAUGCAUAUUAACUUUAGCGCGUCAACUGCGAAGCUUCUUCUUUGGAAAAUAAAAUAUUUAUUAUUUUUAUUAAAAUUUCCCCUAAAAAAAAUCAUAAUUCGAAAUGGCCAGGGAAUCGAGUUUCCUUGAGCUCAAGCUCAUGCACGGCGAGGAUAUCAGAGCCUUCAAUUUCUUUCAGAAGCUCUCCGUUUUCGUCCUCGCUUCCAUCGCUAGCGACGAUCCGACCAAGAAAGUCGACAACCACCAGCCCCAGAGAACUCCCACCGACCGAGAAGGUGACACGAAUCCGGAAUGGAAUCACGAGAUAAAGUUUUUGAUCGGAGGAGGAGAAGGAGAAGCAGCUUCUGAGUCCGAUUUCGAUCAUCUCUUUAUCCACUUGGAUCUGCGCCACGACGGGGUUUUGUUUGGGAUGGGGGAUAGGACGAUCGGUGAGGUUCGGAUUCCAUUGAAGGAUCUUAUGGACGAAACUUCCUGUAAUGGAGUGGUGAGGUUCGUCCGGUAUCAGGUGAAGAGCUCCGAUGGGAAGCCCAAUGGUGUGCUGAACUUGUCAUUUAAGUUCAAUUAUAAGUCUGAGAAGAAAUCUCCAAGCCCUAGUAAAAUUCAGUACCCCACUGUGGAGGAAAUCCCCAAUUUCGAUUUACAAGUUCCGAACCUGUCGUUUUCUGGGCAUUCUUACUUUUCCUCGUCUUCGUCGUCGUUUUUGGUUCCCGAACGACAAGGAAUUGAGUGCUGGUCUUCUUCUUCUUCUCCUGCUACGGUGUCUUAUCCCCAUAUUCAUAUUCCUCCAGAAGGCAUCCCUGGUUCUGGGCACCACCACCAUUAUCAUGGAGGAGCAAUGUGGCCCAGUGGUGGAAACGUAAUGGGAAAUUGGAAUGGCUGAUGAGGGCGAGGAUUGCUCUUCAUUCAGCUUUUGGGGAAUGGAGAACAGAGGUAGUGUGCACGAUUCUUAGCUAUGAUUCUCAUAUGGGUUGUUCUUUUUUAUAUGAAAGUAACUAGGUGAGUCCCGUGUUUGGUUAUGGAAAAUUUGAUGUUUAAACAGCUUUCAGGGAAGAAAAAAUGAAUAUUGCGAUAAUGUAUACUUGGUAUAAAGGGGGUAAAUAAGAAGAUUGUAAGAAAUUUAAUAUUCGUUGUAGACGUUUCUAAUCUAUGAUUCUCAUAAAGGUUGUCCCUUUUUAUCAAUUAGUGAAUCAACGCCAUGUUUGGUUAUUGUUCUGGAAUAUCAUUUUGUUAGUUGCAUAAAAAAUUAUCUGAUUGAAUUAUCUGGGACUUCGGAAGCUUGGGCAGCCGUUGGAAUUAGCUACCUGUUAAAAUAGAAAUUGGUAUGGUAGUAAGGAUGAAAGGGAAGAAAAGAAAAGAAGUAGAAGAAUGAUCUCUAAUAUAAAGUAUAUUCAGUAUUGGGUUGAAGUGUUCAAUAAUUUUGACUCUAAUACAAUGCCUUUUCGGUUUGUAAAUUUGUAAUGUAUGGAGGAAUUAGUCGAUGUCUACUCAGUAGUAGACUUAAAUCUAUUCACGUGAUUAUAGGUUUUGUGUGUUCCAUUUACUGUAUAAUUUUUUAGUUUGUAUAAACCUUGCCGAAGAUUUCCUUUUAUGCUUUUAUGCUCUGGUUUA